AUGUCCUCCGGCCUACUCCUCGUGCGUGGUCUAUUCAGCUGCGCCGCCGCCGCCGCGCACGCGGGCGUGCCCACAGACACGCUCAUCUCCGCGCAGGACCCGCUGCUGUCCCCGACAACCGAGCCUCCCGCGAACGGGACGCGCUUCCGGCCGUACGCGAGCCCGGACCACCACGUCACGAAGGCGCGGUACAUCACCAGCAACGACCCGCGGGGCUACAUCCCAGUGUAUGAGUACCCGCUCAACGGCCAGUGGAUCAUGCUCGACAUGGACGACGGGUAUGUGCUCUGGACCGGCAUCUGGAAAGACCAUACUCACGGUGCCCCCACAGCCGACAUUGUCAAGAUUAUUGACUCCCACCCCGACCUCGCCGCACAGCUGCGACGGGUACGCGGCGGGUAUCUGAAGAUCCAGGGUACCUGGAUGCCAUACGAAAUUGCCCUCAGCCUUUCCCGCAGGGUUGCGUGGCCGAUACGCUACGACCUCGUCCCCCUUUUCGGGUACGUUAUCCGUGGCGCGAAUUAG